AUGUGCCUUGUUAUUCUUGUAGGCCAAGCUGGGGAGAAGUGGAAGGGAAAGAAAAUGAUCUGCAGUCUGGAGCAGCACUUGUUUGAUACUUUUAUCCCUUUCCAGAUUGCUGACCCUGAGACCUGUGACCGAAUGUACGAGAGCUUAGUCAGAAUCCACACCAACUACUACAAAAACAAGUAUCCUCGCCUGAAAGACACAAGCUUCACUGGGCUGACAGUAGAAGAUUGCAAGAUGAUACUAGCAACAGACGUUCUGAAACAGAUGGAAGACAUGAAAAAAGGGACAUGGAAAAAACUGCGAGAAAAGUUUUAUGCCAAGAAACCUGAAGAGGACUCAAAGUGAUAGGCUAACUCCCAGUUUCUCCGCUGUAUAUAUUCCUAAAGCACUGUAUGUUGCCAUGAUGAAUAAAACCAUUUAUUCCUCUUAGCAACAGCAUUUUUAUUCAGACCUACACCUUAACACCCUUCACUUUUAGUGCCCCCUCUUUUUUCCUGAAAGAUCUAGGACGUAGCUUAACACAUGUGUGCUGAAACCAUAUUGGAACAAUGUAGUGUAGAAGAAAGAACCUUGUGGCUUUAGACCGGAUCCUUUAUGUUACAAGAAAUGGAACAACAGGGAGAUGCACAGAGCAA